GAUAUCUGAAAAUGAUCAUACUUCACACCUCUCUCUCUCUCUCUCUCGCUUUCUGCCUCUCUCUUCUGCUCAACUCUCAGCGAUUGGGAACCAAAAUUAAGAGAAAGAAAUGGCUGUUUCACUUGCUUUCAUGUCAACCCUCCCAUCUUUGCUUCCAUUGUACCACCAGCCAUUAUCCACAACUGCAACUAGAUGCUUCACCGAUGGAAUUUGCUGUCAUAAAAUUCAGGCUACAGUUCCUCAUGAAGAUGGAAUUCGUAGAAGGGAUGUUCUUAGGUUUGUUGGAGCUACCGUUGGCAUGGAACUAGUUGCGUGCUCAGGUUCAUGUGUAGAAAUGGCCAAUGCUGCUGAUCUGAUACAACUAAAACAACGUUCUGAAUUUCUCUCAAGUAUUAAGAAAACCCUAAACAGUUUUCUAAAGGGAAAUAUGGAACUCAUUCCAUCCAUCCUAACUCUAGCACUGAAUGAUGCUAUGACUUAUGACAAGGCUACAAAAUCCGGGGGCCCUAAUGGAUCCAUUCGGUUCAGCUCAGAGAUUAUCAGACCUGAAAAUAAAGGGCUUUCUGCUGCUUUGAAACUCCUAGAGGAAGCGAAACAUGAAAUUGAUUCUUAUUCAAAGGGAGGACCCAUUUCCUUCGCAGAUCUCAUACAAUAUGCAGCACAGAGUGCAAUAAAAAGUACUUUUCUUGCUUCUGCAAUUCGCAAAUGUGGUGGGAAUGAAGAGAAAGGAGCCUUGUUAUAUACUGCAUAUGGUUCAAAUGGCCAGUGGGGGUUGUUUGAUAAACAAUUUGGAAGGAAGGAUGCGAAUGAACCAGAUCCAGAUGGGAGGGUACCGCAGUGGGAGGAGGUAUCAGUUAAGGAAAUGAAAGAUAAGUUCUCUGCCAUCGGCUUUGGCCCUCGCCAGCUAGCUGUUAUGUCGGCUUUCAUCGGUCCUGAUCAGAUGGCAAUUGAAACUUUAUUAGCUUCAGACCCAGAUGUAAAGCCAUGGGUUCAGAAAUACCAACGUAGCCGUGAAACAGUGUCUCAGACAGACUAUGAGGUUGACCUUAUAACUACCCUCACAAAACUUAGUUGCUUGGGCCAACAAAUUAACUAUGAAGCCUAUACGUAUCCUAUCAAAAAGGUUGAUUUCAGCAAAUUGAAGUUAUAGAUUUAAGAUUUUUCUGAAAGAAGAAGAAGAAGAAGAGGCACCAGCUCAGCUUAGGCAGAGUCAAUUACCAGUUCAUUGUUAACUUAAAAAACGACUUCAGUCGUAUAGAGCAAGCUAUCUGUAACAAGUUGUUGUUAUUAAAUUUCAACUGUAUUUGUUGUAGAGUCAGAAUCUGAAUCUCUCGGAGGUGAAUGGUUUAUUUUUGCCACAUGGAGGAUUGAGGUUGGCCAAUCUGACUGUUUAAACCUCCUUUCAAUUCUAUUUCAUGGCCAUCUCAUCAAACCUAUGGCCAACCAACCAA